AUGAGUACAGAUUUCGAUAGGAUAUAUUUGAAUCAAUCCAAGUUCAACGGUAGAUUCCGUAUUGCAGAUUCUGGGUUAGGUUGGAAAUCUGCUAAUACCGGUGGUUCAGCAGCUAAUCAGACGAAGCAACCAUUCUUACUGCCGGCAACUGAACUUUCUACCGUACAAUGGAGUAGAGGGUGUCGUGGAUUUGAGCUUAAGGUUAAUACCAAGAAUCAAGGUGUUGUACAAUUAGAUGGAUUUGCACCUGAUGAUUUUAAUUUGAUCAAGAAUGAUUUCCACAGAAGGUUUAACGUGCAAGUAGAACCAAAAGAACAUUCGUUACGUGGAUGGAAUUGGGGGAAAGCUGAUUUGGCGAGAAAUGAAAUGGUUUUCGCACUCAACGGUAGACCUUCCUUUGAGGUUCCAUAUGCCCGUAUCAAUAACACUAAUUUGACUUCAAAGACAGAGGUGGCAAUUGAAUUUAACUUAGCAGAUGAGAACUAUCAACCUGCAGGUGAUGAAUUAGUGGAAAUGAGAUUAUAUGUUCCGGGAACUGUAACGAAUGAAGAAGAAGAGGAUGGAUUUGUUAAAACUGAGGAUGAUGUUAAGAAAGAAGGUGAAGUUAAGGCUGAAGGUGAAGGUGAAGUUAAAGCGGAAGGUGAAGGUGAAGGUGAAGAGGCAAAUGGUGUCAAGAAAGAAGAGGGUGAAAAUGGCGAAAAUGAAGAUGUUGAUAUGGUUAAGGAGGAAAAAACUGCUGCAGAGGCCUUCCAUGAGGAAUUGAAAGAAAAGGCAGAUAUCGGUGAGGUUUCUGGGGAUUCUAUCGUAUCUUUCCAAGACGUUUUCUUUGCCACUCCAAGAGGUCGUUACGAUAUCGAUAUUUACAAAAACUCUAUCAGACUUAGAGGUAAGACUUAUGAAUACAAAUUACAGCAUCGCCAGAUACAAAGAAUCGUUUCCUUACCGAAGGCAGAUGAUAUUAACCAUUUAGUGGUUUUAUCCAUAGAACCACCAUUGCGCCAAGGUCAAACUACUUAUCCGUUCCUUGUGUUACAAUUCCAAAAAGAUGAAGAGACAGAAGUACAAUUGAAUUUGGAAGAUGAAGAUUUUGAGGCAAACUACAAGGAUAAAUUGAAGAGAGAAUACGAUGCCAAGACGCAUAUUGUGGUAAGCCAUGUCUUAAAGGGUCUCACAGGUCGUAGAGUCAUGGUUCCUGGUGAAUACAAAUCCAAAUACGACCAAUGUGCGGUCUCCUGUUCUUACAAGGCUAAUGAAGGUUAUUUGUAUCCAUUGGAUAACGCUUUCUUCUUCUUAACAAAGCCAACAUUGUACAUCCCAUUCAUGGAUGUAAGUUCCGUAAACAUUUCAAGAGCAGGUCAAGCAUCUACUUCAUCAAGAACUUUUGAUUUAGAAGUCACAUUACGUGGUAACAGAGGCUCUACUACAUUUGCAAAUAUAAGUAAGGAGGAACAACAAUUGCUGGAACAAUUCCUCAAGGCAAGAAACCUGAGAGUGAAGAACGAAGAUAAGGAAGCUCAAGAAAGAUUACAAAGCGCAUUGGGAUCGGACAGUGAUGAAGGAGAUAUCAACAUGGGAUCAGCAGGUGAAGAUGAAGAAUCUGCUGACGAGGAAUUCCGCGCUGAUUCUGAGGACGACGAUGAUCUAGCAGAAGAGUAUAACUCAGCCGCAGAUGAUAGUAGUGAAGAGGAAGAAGAUAGACCAUCUAAAAAGGCUAAAACUGAUUAG